AUGUCCGGGGAGGGGGCGGCGGGCGCGGCGGCCGCGAGGGGGGCGGAGGGGGAGGGGGGCGAGAGCGCGAGCGGCGGCGACGGGAGGUGUGUGUUCUGCAGGAUCGCCCGGCGCCAGGAGCCCGGCACCGCCCUGCUGCCCUGCCAGUAUGAAGACCUUGUUUGCUUUAGAGAUAUCAGACCUGGUGCCCCCCACCACUAUCUUGUGGUGCCGGUGGAGCACAUGGGAAACUGCAAAACGCUGAAGGCAGAACACAUACCUGUAGUGAAGAGAAUGAUGGAAGUUGGAAAAGCCGUCCUCCAGAGAAAUAAUUUUAGUGACAUGAGUGAUGUAAGAAUGGGUUUUCACUGGCCUCCAUUCUGCUCGAUAUCUCACUUGCAUCUUCAUGUCCUGGCCCCAGCCAGUCAGCUAGGAUUCUUAUCUAGACUCGUGUACAGACUCAAUUCCUACUGGUUUAUCACGGCUGAACAACUGAUUGAGCGACUGCAAACUGAAAAUGCUGCCAGUUGAAAGCACUCUUCGCCUUGUGUGGCUAGCUAGUUUGUUCUUUGUCUUUGAACUCUGAUUUAAGGUUACAUGGUUUGAUGUUGCCAGUAAUACACCAGGAUAAAAAAAGCUUUAGUUCCUUAUGAGGAAAUACACACAGAAUUUGUAGCUGCCAACUUAAUUCUCCCAUUUGGAUACUUGAGUCCAUAUUCUUCUCAGACAAUAAGGCAAUACAUUUUAAUUUUAUAUUUGUAUAUAAAUGCAUACAUAAUACACACAUGCUCAAACUCGCACAUGCAGAGACCUUUUUCUAGUAAAAGGCAGGUUAUAGCAGCAGAAUGUAUUGCAAGUAAGGCAACAAGUUACUGCCAACAGCAUGUAUGUGGUACCAAAGUGAGUAUUUGUUGUGGAACUAGGCUUUCAUUUCAAAGAUGCAUUUUUCUAGAAUUGCAAGUAACAUUUAAAACAUUUAAAGUUCCACUUGUAUUGCAAAAUAUGUUACUUAUGCCUAGUUAUCUGUAGGUACGUUGCUGAGGGUAAGCUACUAACUUCCUGGUGCUAAACCACUUUAAUAUAUGACCUGUCUUAUUUGCAUGACAGUAACCUAGUAAAUUUUAAUACAAUAGGUGCCCAAGAGGUGAUAAUGCUCUAUAACAUAGAACAUAGUUUAAAUGUAUGUGUAAGUGGUUGUAUGUUGGACUUAAAGAUAGUUUCCCUUUUACAUGCACAAUAUUUUAAAUUAGUUAUUCUAUGUUUACAAAAAAUGUGAAGAGUUCAGAGGAAUUGAUUUAAUAUACUACUCUUCUGCACGAUGGUAGGGGAAAAAAAAUCAGAUUUUUAGAUGGUUCUGAUACUGUUCUCACUGGAAGUCCCUUGGAGAUUACUAAUAUCUUGGCUACGUUUCUAAAUGAAGUCAUAAGAGAAACAGGUCUUCAGUGCAGUGAGUAUGUGGCAGGCUUGCACAAUAGCAAUCUGAUUUGAAUUUGGGAUAGCAGGGACUCAGCCCAAAAUUGGAACAUGUCUGAUUGCUUAAGGAACCUGCUGAACACUUCCCUUCGCUAUUUGCCUGUGAUCAGUAAUGCCAGCGCUCUGUUUUUCAAUACCAUAUUAAGGCACACUGUUCGGCAAGUUCAGACUCCGGAAAACACAGAGUAGAUUUUUUUUCAUUCACAGAGUGUCUCUCUUUGUGCCUAACUAACCAAGUGCCCUUGGCUGAUGCAUUUAGAUGCAGCUGAGGUGGUGAUGGUCUGUUGCACCUGCAAGCUUCCCUGAACUUAAUCUUCUCAGUGUUUUCCACUGAUCCAGCACAUGUUGCCUUAGCAGUACAAUGUAUUGUAAGAUUCUUACAGUAAACUAUACAUAAUACUUCAGAAAGUUCACACCCUUCUGAAGAACAACGUUUUCUACUCAGAAGAGUUUACACCUCUCUUUGCUGUAAGACCUUGUUCCUGAAGUCUUGUUAUUCUUAUUACUGGGUGCUCACAUGUCAUUUGCAGCCCUUUAGGGUUCUAAUUUGUAGCAUUAGGUGGGGAGAGGGUGAAUUAAAGCCACUGAACUUUUGACUACUUUUGUGCAAUAGAUUAGGAGGUUUGAGCUGGCUCCUGGCUUCAUGAAAUAUCUGAACAUUAAGAUCUUUCAAGAUGUAAUACUGUGUAUGUGUUCUGAUUUGUAAUUAAUUUAUGUAGCUGUACUUAACUGUGAUGUGUAAUAUUUAAAGUACUGACAUGAACUGUUGUCAAAAAUGAUUAAUAA